UCACUACUUUGGCCAGCCCCAGCAACACCUAGAAUACAGCUCAUUCUUGAAGCUCUUUGAAGAGGAGGGCACGUUGCUGAGACGACACAGGAACUGAGGCAGAGGAGAAAAGUACAGAGCAGAGCCAUGAAGAUUAUCUUGGAUCUCCUUUUGCUUCUGCUCAUCAUCAUUUACUCCUACCUGGAAUCCUUGGUGAAGGUUUUCAUUCCCCGGAGAAGAAAAUCUGUGGCUGGGGAGAUUGUUCUCAUUACAGGAGCCGGGCAUGGAAUAGGCAGGCAGACCGCCUAUGAAUUUGCAAAACAGAAGAGCAGACUGGUUCUGUGGGAUAUUAAUAAGCAUGGUGUUGAGGAAACUGCAGCAGAAUGCCGAAAACUAGGGGCCACUACACAUGUGUUUGUGGUAGACUGCAGUAACAGAGGAGAGAUUUACAGCUCUGUAAACCAGGUAAAGAAAGAAGUUGGUGAUGUAACCAUUGUGGUGAAUAACGCUGGGACAGUAUACCCAGCUGACCUUCUUAGUACAAAAGAUGAAGAGAUCACCAAAACUUUUGAGGUCAACAUCUUAGGACAUUUUUGGAUCACAAAAGCACUUCUUCCAUCGAUGAUAAGGAGAAACCAUGGCCACAUUGUCACAGUAGCUUCAGUGUGCGGUCACGGAGUGAUUCCUUAUCUUAUUCCAUAUUGUUCCAGCAAAUUUGAUGCUGUUGGUUUCCACCGAGCCCUGACAUCAGAACUUAAAGCCUUGGGAAAAACUGGUAUCAAAACUUCAUGCCUCUGCCCAGUUUUUGUGAAUACCGGGUUCACCAAAAACCCAAGUACAAGAAUAUGGCCUGUGUUGGAUACAGAUGAAGUUAUAAGAAGCUUGAUAGAUGGAAUACUUACCGAUAAGAAAAUGAUUUUUGUUCCAUCCUAUAUCAAUAUCUCCUUAACAAUAGAGAGAUUUCUUCCUGAACGUGCCUUGGCAGCCAUAAAUCAUGUACAGGAUGUUCAAUUUGAAGCAGUGAUUGGCCACAAAAUCAAAAUGAAAUGAAUAAAUGAGCUCCAGGCUGAGAUGUAUGCACCUUAAUGAUAUGGAACUAAAUUUAGAGUCAAUGCUUCAAAGUUCUAUUUCACAUUUUUCAAUGCUGUUAAUAUUAAAAAAAAACAUUGGUUUGGCAUUAGCAGUGGUCGAAUGAACAAGACUAAUUACCUGUCUGUCUAUUUCUCAAGAUUAUGCAUGCAGUUUUAAUAGAUCCAUUUUUCACUCUGUGCCUCUUAAAAACUUGUAUGCUUAUGUAAACAUACUUAAGAGGUCAUUUUUCUUUAAGAGAUUUCAUUUCUUUUCUUUUCAUUUAAAGGUGGACAAAGCUACCUCCCUGAGAGUAAAUACAAAAAGAACUUAUUCACACAGGGACGUUUUAAGACUGUUCUUAAAGUAAAUCUGUAGCCUGGCCGCAGAAUGUCAGCAAGUACACAGUGUGAGCUAGCAGUUAGAGACCAAGUUUAAGCAGAUGGCUGUACUCCAAAAAAGAGACAGAUUACACCUAUGCAAGUCAACAUUUGGAAGCUCUCUCUAGCUUCUCCCUUUUUCGUCAGCCCGUAACAGUACUUUCUUAACCUUAUUCUGUUCCUGAUAUAGAUUUGAUAUCCAAGAGUGUGCCCUCCACACUUUCUGCCCUUUUCAUAGUCUCUUAAAAUACUGUGACAUUUCAAAAAGUGACCCUCUCUUGAAUCUCAGGAUUAAAUCUGAAAUUUUAACCCCAUGGUAACCUCUUUCUUUGUAGUUUACGCUUUCACGUAUCAUUGGUAACAGAGAUGUUUAGACAGCUUUGAGCUUCAAAAAUGAAAGCUAAGCAGGGAUGCUAGGCCAGCUACUUAAUACUGUACUGUGGAUCUGAGAGAUGGAAGGGAAAAUAGAGUUGUUGUUGUUUGUAAAAUGGAAAAAAAAAUCUGACUUCAAGUACAUCAAGAAUAAUCUAGUUUUCUCUGUUUUUCACUAAUGCUAUAUAGACUGCUUUGGCUUAUACUAUCCUCCUGUUUUAUCCUAAGUGAAAGCAAAUGAUUAAACACAAAUCAUUAAUAAAAACAAUAUUUUUAA